AUGGCCGACGACAAGGCUUCCAUACCAGAGCAAGCGCCUCACCCACCUUCCUCUUCAUCGGCAUCUACCUCGUCCGCCACUGUGACGACGCCGGACCGCGAUGUCGAGGCUCAGCAACAGGCAAUCCCUUCUGAAAAGAUCAGCCACUGGAGAGUUCUCCUUGACCAGACCGGAGUUACUCAGCAAGUCCUGGAGCAUAACUACAGCGGACAGGGCACCACCGAGUCGCCGUAUCUGGUCGAGUUCAUUCCCGGAGACAGAUGGAAUCCAAUGACCUUCAAGGACUCAUUCAAGUGGACCAUUACUCUCAUCCAGGCCAGCGCCACCCUUUCCGUCUCCUUUGCCAGUUCAGCCUACUCAGGCGGUGUAAGUGAGAUCAUUCGCGAGUUCAAUAUCUCUUCCGAGGUUGCUAUCCUCGGUGUGUCUCUGUUCGUCUUGGGCUUCGCCAUUGGACCACUCCUUUGGGCUCCACUGUCUGAGCUCUACGGCCGCCAGAAGACCUUCUUCAUCAGUUACAUGGCCCUGGCUGCUUUUAGCGCUGGAGCUGCUGGAAGCCAGAACAUGGCCACUCUCAUCAUUCUUCGAUUCUUCGCUGGCGCCUUUGGAUCUUCUCCCCUGACGAACGCCGGUGGUGUCAUUGCCGACUUGUUCCAGGCCAAACAGCGAGGCAUCGCCUUUAGCAUCUUCGCCAUGGCUCCUUUCCUGGGCCCUGCUCUCGGCCCAAUUGCAGGUGGCUUCCUUGGCGAGUCCAAGGGCUGGCGAUGGGUGGAGGGAUUGAUCGCCAUCUUCACUGGCGUUGUCUGGAUUGCCAGCUCCCUGGCCUACCCCGAGACAUAUGCUCCGGUCUUGCUCCGUCAACGCGCUGCUGCUCUGAGCAAGAAGACUGGCAAGGUCUACAUCUCCAAGCUUGAGGAGGGCCAGCCGCCCAAGACUAUUGGCAGCCAGCUUCGUGUUUCCCUCCUGCGACCCUGGCUGCUCCUCAUCAAGGAGCCCAUCGUCCUUCUCAUCUCGCUCUACAUGGCCAUCAUCUACGGCACUCUCUACAUGUGCUUUGCCGCCUUCCCCAUUGUCUUCCAGCAGGGCCGUGGCUGGAGCCCCGGUAUUGGCGGCCUGGCCUUCGUCGGCAUUGCCAUUGGCAUGACCCUGUCCACCGUCGGAUCCGUCUUUGACAACAACCGAUACAUCAGAGCGGCUGCCAAGUCUCCGGACGGCAUCGCCCCUGCGGAAGCCCGUCUGCCGCCCGCCAUCCUUGGCUCCAUCCUCAUCCCCAUCGGCUUGUUCUGGUUCGCGUGGACCAACGGGCCCAGCGUCCAUUGGAUCGUCUCCAUUAUCGGCACCAUCUUCUUUGCAUCCGGAAUCGUCUUGGUGUUCCUCUCGCUGAUGAACUACAUUGUUGAUGCCUAUGUGGUCUUUGCCGCCUCGGCUUUGGCCGCCAGCUCCGUCCUCCGAUCACUCUUUGGCGCUGCUUUCCCGCUCUUCACCAGCUACAUGUACAAAGACCUGGGCAUCCACUGGGCCAGUUCCAUUCCUGCUUUCUUGGCGCUGGCCUGCGUUCCUUUCCCCUUCCUCUUCUGGAAGUACGGCGCCAAGAUCCGCGCCAAGUGCGAGUAUGCCGCCGAAGCCGCCGAGGUUCUUGCGAGAAUACGGGCCAAGAACGUCCGAGUGACCGAGGAUGAGGCCGCUGCGGAAGUGGAAAAGCACGAGCAGGAGAGACGUGACAGCCGGGCCUUGCAGAGGGAGCAGAGCCGCGCCAGUCGCGCCAGUCGCGCCAGCCGAUUCAGCCGUUUCUCGCUCCGGGGAAACUAA